ACUACAAUUAUUUUUUACAGCAUAUAAAAAUAAAAAUAAUUGAUAAAGAUUGUUCUUCGACAUCCCUAAGAUCCGGGAUACCUCAGUCUGUCUGAAUUUCACAAGCACGCCUUUUGCAGUGGCAAAGAAGCUUCUGUAAGUUCGAACUUGAGCAGGAAGACUACGCCUUUAUAGCUGAUUCGCACAAAACGAUCAGCUAUAAACCCUAGACCUCCCCAGUUCUCGUUAACCCUGAUUCUUCUCCCGGUUUCUUUGCAUGUGGGGUACCUCAAAAUAAAUGUCUUCGUCCGAGAUUGAGGUUGUGUCAUCGGACUCCAAAGCCCUGCAAAACCCGAGCGGUGUGGCUGUGAUCGACGUUUUCUCCGCCUGCGCAUAUGGGGAUUUUGAGAAAUUGAGGAAGUUCGAGGAAGACGGCGCCCCUCUCUCUCAACCCGACUCGAAUGGGUAUUACGCUCUCCAGUGGGCCGCUCUCAACAACUUCCCUGACAUCGUGCAGUACAUCAUCGUGCAUGGUGGAGAUGUCAAUGCAACUGACAAUGUGCAACAGACCGCUCUGCAUUGGUCAGCAGUUCGGGGAGCCAUUGCUGUCGCAGAUGUGCUCUUGCAGAAUGGAGCUCGGGUUGAAGCAGCUGAUGUAAAUGGGUAUCGGGCAGUUCAUAUUGCUGCUCAAUAUGGACAAACAGCUUUCUUGAAUCACGUUGUUGCAAAGUAUCAAGCUGAUUUUGAUGUACCUGACAAUGAGGGGAGGAGCCCUCUUCACUGGGCUGCAUAUAAAGGAUUUGCAGAUACAAUUAGACUACUUCUAUUUAGAGAUGCAUGGCAAGGCAGACAGGAUAAAGACGGUUGUACCCCUUUGCACUGGGCUGCAAUAAGAGGAAAUGUGGAGGCAUGCACUGUGCUUGUACAUGCCGGCACGAAACAGGAACUAAUGGUGAAAGAUAAUGCUGGAUUUACUCCUUUUCAGCUUGCAUCUGAUAAAGGUCAUCGGCACGUUGCUCUUUUCCUUUCUAAUGCACAGCGGACUCACAGCAACAACAACUGUGUAAACAAAAUUUGCCAUGGAAAGAUGGCGGAUAUAGGUUAUGCACCUAUUCUAUUCUGCAUUAUAAUAAUUCUCAUGGUUCUCUUCAUCAACUCAGUUCUUGCAGCUCCUAAUCUUGCAAAGGUUACUGCUGUUGUUGGACUUUGGGGAUGGACUGCUGUUUCUCUAGCGGUUGUUUCACUGAUUAUGUUCUACAGGUGUAGUAGUAAAGAUCCCGGUUAUGUAAAAAGGCAGGGAGAUGUGGGUAGUCAUAAAGAUACAGAGGAUCUUUUGUUGAAUAUCGAUCUAGACAGUUCCCCUAUAUGGACUGGUAAUUGGUCUCAAUUAUGCCCUACCUGCAAGAUAAUAAGGCCUGUUCGAUCCAAGCACUGCCCCACAUGCAAGCGAUGCGUGGAACAGUUUGACCAUCAUUGCCCAUGGAUAUCUAAUUGUGUUGGGAAGAGGAACAAGAGGGACUUCUUUGUUUUUCUCUGCCUGGGAACUUUGACAUCAUUUCUUGCUGCAGCAGUUGGAAUUCAAAGGAUUUGGAUGGAGACACCAGUCUUGCCAACCGAAGAAACAUGGAUUCAUCAUGUGGUAGUUCAACAUCCUGGUGGUCUUGCAUUUUUGCUCGUGGACAUUAUUAUUUUACUUGCUGCCACUGUCUUAACUGUGUCACAGGCCACGCAGAUAGCUCGAAAUAUCACUACCAAUGAAUUAGCAAAUGCCAUUCGUUAUGGGUAUCUUCGUCGUCCAGAUGGGCGGUUUCAUAAUCCAUAUAACCAUGGGUGCCAAAAGAAUUGUGCAGAUUUUCUUAUUCAAGGCUACACAGAUGAUGAUGAAAUUGCUUGGCCACCAUUACAGCAAGUUGCUAGGUAGAGUUAUUGUCAUGAUGUGCAGGUUUACAGCCAAGCUUGGUUUCCUAGUCUCAAUCAUGGUGGCCGCCUCCCUCUAUCACGGGUCCUGAAUCUGUUGUUGUAUAAACCCUUGAUCAGUUAGGGAUACUACAGUCCAAUUUAUAGUUACCCAUAGGUAUUAUUGAUUACCAUCAGAUAGAAAAGAAAUAGAAUAUUUUUUAUUCUUGUACAAUGUUCUAUCCUGUAUUCCAAAAUUGACUUCGAGGAACCUGUUUAUACAAGUUCUUUAAUAAUGGGAAAAAUGAAGAGAUGAGUGUAAUUUAACAAA